CUUUAGUAUUAAAACAGACACGUGACCACACUGAUCGGUUAUGUUAUGUUCUCGGUUCUUUUAAAAAAAAGUUUUUCCUUUUCCGUUCUUCUUUUACUAUUUUCUUUUACUCUUAAGACGCCAAAAUUGAUUUGAUUCGGUUGAUGGAUCAAUAGUGUAUCUCAAUUCGAUUUAUUCAAAAUUAUGACGGAAAUAAUGCAAUCAAAGGGCUUUACCCUCCUAUCGAAAUCCUGGUUUGGCCAGCGUUUAUCGUGUUUGCUGCUGAAACCCAUGCGACUUCAGUUGCACCACAGAGAUCCCACAUCCUAUCCCCAUUUGCCGGUGCGCGAGGACAUCAAGCCGAUGGAAUCGAAGGAUAAUUCGAAGGUCUUUGACGCCUGUUGGCAGACGAUGCGUCGAACGGAGUACAAGUGCCGCUCCGAUGUCGAGUUCAACUAUCCCUCGUUUAUCGAUGCCCGCAAGGCGUGCCUCAGUGAUCCGUGUGCCAACGAUUUACCGCCCUGGGACCUCACCCACUACAAGCCCCAGGAUAUGUGCAAACGCAAGUAUCCGCGCACCUGGGACGAAUGCGUUGUGAAAUGCCGCAAGCGAAAGAUGAAGUGCGUCCCCUUGCCGGUGAAUCCUCCACGGCGACAGCGUGUCCCGGUGAAGAGUCCCUGUCCGGUGAACUUGUGUGUGCUUGGCAAGCCGGAUCUCGAUCUUACCGAACCCUGUGCGCUAAUGAAGCCCACCCUUUGUCCACGAGUCACGAUGCCCAAUUGCUGUGUGGAGGCCCGCGUUCCUCCCAAAUGCCAGCGUCCCUACAGGGGCGGCCGCUGCCAAAGGCGGAAGACAAAGUACCCAAGCUUCUCGGAAUGUUCACACGAUCCUUUGCCGGGACCCUCGCCCAUCGAGUGCACCUGCCUUAUUAAACCGUCCCUCUGUGAGAUGUGGAGGCAUUACCGUAAAUGGCACUGAGCCAACCGCCUAGGGAAUAUUUUGAAAAUUAAAAAAACGCACCUUUUAUUUAAUACAGACCCACUAAAUUGUGCUCCCAACUAGUCACGGUCGCCAAAUGUUAAAACAAAACCAUACAAUAUUA